AUGGAGUUUAUGCAGGCUAGCUCUGCCCAUGGAGCUAAAAAUCAACCAAACUUCUCUCUGAAUAAUAAUAUUACAUUGAGACAUGGAACCAACAACAUCNGAAAGUAUGGUUCUGAUACCAUGUUGGGAAUCACGGACCUCCACAAUGGUAUGAUAUUAUCCACUUUGANGUUGCUCAGUGUGAUGGUUGGGUUACCGGAUUCUGGAGCAUAUCUUGAGAGAAGAGUUCUUGGACUGCGAACAGUGAGAAUUGGAGGCAAAGAUUACUCUGCCCAACCUUGGGGAUACAAGGUUGGCCUAUCGGGAGAGAACUCGCAAAUAUUUUUAGGCUCGGGGUCAGAUGAUACUCAAUGGAGUAAGUUAGAUAACUCCUCUCAGCCACUCACUUGGUAUAAGACUCAGUUUGAUGCACCUCCGGGUGAUGACCCUAUCGCCCUGAACCUUGGUUCCAUGGGGAAGGGUGCAGUUUGGGUUAACGGCUGGGGCAUUGGCCGGUACUGGGUCUCCUUCCUCACCGGAAAAGGGGAGCCUUCACAGAAAUGGUAUCAUGUGCCACGUUCCUUCCUCAAGCCAACAGGAAACCUGUUGGUUAUCUUUGAAGAAGAAACAGGAAACCCGGUUGGGAUUAGUCUGGAUGCUGUUUCCAUUACCAAAACUUAACUUUGUUGGUCCAUGCUCAAUUUCUUUCUUUUAUGAGUCCUAGGAACAAUUGUGCAAUGCUUCCAUUAGUAAUUGGUUCAUGUCAAUUGUCCAACAAUCUAAUUCAAGCCAAAGUUAUCUCGCUAUAAAAUUAAUC